CAACUGUUGAUGAAAAAAGCUGCUGAAGACUUGAAACAGCAGCAGUUACUGAAGGAACAAGAAAGACAGCGCGUUCUGAACGAACGUAUCAUUAAGCUUCCGGACGUAGACUCCAUAAACAACCAAGCUGAACUGGAGAAGAUCGCCCAGGAUUUCUACACGAAAGUCACUCAACUUGAAGAGCUGAAAUACGAUUUGGAGUACAGUGUCAGACAAAAAGACUUUGAGAUAAACGAACUCACGAUUCAAGUCAAUGACCUGAGAGGCAAAUUAUUCGCCAAGUUACAGAAGAAACAGGAACAGACGGUGAAUUUCCGUGAAAACCUACGUCAAGUAAAGACGGACAAAUGGAACCUUGAACAGCUUAAAAAGGAGGGCAAGAAGGAGGAAAAGAAGCCAGAAUCUGAAGCUCCUCCCGCGGCAGCAACGCCUGCUGAAGAAUAA